UAGCAAAUUAAUAUUGAGGGUUGGGGGUUUUUAAUUUUUGCACCAAAUAAGAAACAGUCGUUGCUCGUCUUCUUCAGUCUCUCCGUGCCCUCUCGAGCUCCCCUGUCGCACUGCAGAUGAGUCUGAAUCCGAAUUGAAGUUCCGAUUUGGGCGUUGAAUUUACGAUCCGUUUAUUUGAGCUCGCGAUAGAUCUGCCGCCAAGAUGUUUCGCUCUUCCUCAAGUCGUCGCUUCUCUCUCGUGUUCCUCAUCAUUCUGUUACUUGGUGAUGGCUCAUAUGGUUCUUCAGUUGGAAAUCGGAAAACCGGGAGUUCUGUGUUUUCUUUGUUUAACCUCAAAGACAAGAGUAGAUUCUGGAGUGAAUCUGUUAUCCGUACUGAUCUGAAUGAUUUGGAAUCUUCUGGGCCAGAUAAAAUGGACAUUCUCAAUUAUACCAAGGCAGGUAGUAUUGCAAAUUAUUUGAAGCUUUUGGAAAUUGACUCCAUAUACCUUCCAAUCCCUGUGAAUUUCAUUUUCAUAGGAUUUGAAGGAAAGGGUAACCUAGAGUUCAAGCUACAACCUGAGGAAAUGGAGCGUUGGUUCACAAAAAUUGAUCACAUAUUUGAUCAUACAAGGAUUCCACAGAUAGGAGAAGUCCUUACACCAUUUUACAAGAUUAGUAUUGAUAAAGAACAACGACAUCAUCUUCCCUUAAUCAGCCAUUUAAGUUACAACUUCUCAGUUCAUGCCAUCCAGAUGGGAGAAAAAGUCACAUCCAUCUUUGAACGUGCCAUUGAUGUCUUUGGGCGUAAAGAUGAUGUGUUAAAUACCAGGGACGAUGGAGACAAUCUUUGGCAAGUAGAUGUGGACAUGAUGGAAGUUGUUUUUAAUAGCCUUGUGGAGUAUCUCCAAUUAGAAGAUGCCUACAACAUUUUCAUUUUGAACCCCAAGCGCGCUGAAAAGAGAGUUAAAUAUGGCUACCGGAGAGGAUUAUCUGAGGCUGAAAUAAACUUUCUGAAAGAGAAUAAGGAGUUGCAGUCAAAAAUUCUUCAGUCAGGAAGUGUUCCGGAAAGUGUUCUUGCUCUUGAUAAAAUAAAAAAACCUUUAUACGAAAAGCAUCCAAUGGCAAAGUUUUCCUGGACUGUUACUGAAGAAACUGAUACGGUAGAAUGGUACAAGAGAUGCCUGGAUGUGCUAAACAAUGUUGAAAAUCUAUCUCAAGGGAAGGAUGCAGCCACCAUCAUACAGAGCAAAGUUAUGCAGUUCUUGAAAGGGAAAAAUGAAGAUAUGCGGAUUCUCUUUGAUAAGCAGUUAAAAUCUGGGGAUUUUAGUGGUUUACAUGCAGAAUGUCUCACAGAUACAUGGAUAGGGAAUCACAGAUGGGCAUUUAUCGACUUGUCUGCGGGGCCCUUUACAUGGGGGCCUGCUGUUGGUGGAGAAGGUGUUCGCACAGAACUGAGCUUACCAAGUGUAGAAAAAACCUUAGGUGCAGUUGCAGAAAUUUCUGAAGAAGAGGCUGAAGAUAUAUUGCAAGAGGCGAUACAAGAGAAGUUUGCAGUAUUCGGUGAUAUGCAGAAAGAUCAUCAAGCCAUAGAUAUCCUUCUUGCAGAAAUUGACAUAUACGAGCUGUUUGCUUUUAAACAUUGCAAGGGUAGGAGGGUUAAACUUGCUCUUUGUGAAGAGCUUGAUGAGAGAAUGCGGGAUUUGAAAAACGAACUCCAGUCUUUUGAGGGUGAGGAGUAUGAUGAAAGCCAUAAACAAAAGGCUGUGGAUGCAUUGAAAAGGAUGGAGAAUUGGAAUUUAUUCAGUGAUACUCGAGAGGAUUUUCAAAAUUACACCGUAGCACGUGAUACUUUCCUUGCACAUUUGGGUGCUACCUUGUGGGGGUCAAUGAGACAUGUUAUAUCUCCUUCGCUUGCUGAUGGGGCAUUUCACUACUAUGAGAAACUAUCUUUCCAGCUGUUUUUUAUCACAGAGGAGAAAUUUAGAAAUUUUAAAUUGCUGCCUGUUGACCUCAAGUCUAUAAUGGAAGGACUUUCAAUGCUGAAAUUGCCUAAUCAGAAAGUGAUGUUCAGUCAACAUAUGUUACCUCUGUCUGAAGAUCCUGCUUUGGCAAUGGCUUUUUCUGUGGCUAGAAGAGCUGCUGCUGUCCCUCUGUUACUGGUUAAUGGAACAUACAGGAAAACUGUUCGUUCCUAUCUUGAUUCUUCCAUUCUCCAACAUCAGUUACAACGAUUGAAUGAUCAUGGUUCUUUGAAAGGGUCACAUGCACAUAGCAGGUCGACUCUCGAAAUCCCUAUUUUUUGGUUUAUUCAUGGGGAAACAUUGUUAGUUGACAAGCAUUACCAAGCAAAGGCACUAUCCGAUAUGGUUAUUGUUGUUCAGUCAGAAUCAUCAUCAUGGGAAAGUCAUCUGCAGUGUAAUGGGCAGUCACUUAAGUGGGACUUGAGGAGGCCUAUAAAGGCUGCUUUAGCUGCUGUUUCUGAACAUCUGGCAGGAAUACUUCCUCUCCAUCUUGUUUACAGUCAAGCCCAUGAAACUGCAAUCGAGGAUUGGAUAUGGUCAGUGGGUUGCAACCCGUUGUCCAUCACUUCUCAAGGCUGGCACACCUCAAGAUUUCUGUCUGAUACUAUUGCUCGAAGUUAUAUGCUCACAACUCUUGAGGAAUCAAUUCUACUUGUCAACUCAGCUAUUAGACGCCUUGUCAGGGAGAAGACGUCAGAGCGGACUUUCAAGCCAUUUAAGACUCAAGAGCGUGAGUUAUUGAACAAAUACAAUUAUGUUGUCAGCUUGUGGAGAAGGAUUUCAAGUGUUUCAGGGGAACUUCGAUAUACAGAUGCAUUGGCACUUGUGCACACCCUAGAGGAUGCAUCAAAAGGGUUUGCUGAAUAUGUAAAUGCCACUCUUGCCAGUCUCCAUCCAAUUCAUUGCACAAGGAACCGGAAAGUUGAUGUUGAGUUUGACAUGACAACCAUACCUGCCUUUCUGGUCGUUGUCUCCAUUCUGUGGUUUGUUUUGAGGCCAAGAAGACAGAAGCCUAAGAUCAACUGAAGUUUUUCUUCCUAUGCUGAGAAUUAGUUAGUUAUCAUAAAUGGCUAUAACUGGCAACUUGUGACAAAGCCCAACUCUGACUGCAGGAAAAAUUUUGAUUCCAAAACAGUGUUUUUUUUUUUCUUUCUAGUGCCCUCUAUUUAUUUUGAUCAUAAUCUGAGUCUUUCUUUCUCUUUCCCUUA